AUGUCGCUCGUCACCGGCGAGAAGUCGAACUUCCAGUUCAUCUUGCGUCUGCUCAACACCAACGUCGAUGGCAAACAGAAGGUCAUGUACGCCUUGACCAAGAUCAAGGGUGUCGGUCGCCGAUACAGCAACUUGGUCUGCAAGAAGGCCGAUGUUGACCUCAACAAGCGCGCCGGUGAACUCACAUCCGAAGAGCUCGAGCGUAUCGUCACAAUCAUCCAAAACCCCACCCAAUACAAGAUCCCCACCUGGUUCCUCAACAGACAGCGCGACAUCGUGGACGGCAAGGACUACCAGAUCCUCGCCAACGGCGUCGACAGCAAGCUCCGUGAGGACUUGGAGCGCCUGAAGAAGAUCCGCGCCCACCGUGGUCUCCGUCACUACUGGGGUCUGCGUGUCCGCGGACAGCACAGCAAGACCACCGGCCGACGAGGAAGGACCGUUGGUGUCAGCAAGAAGAAGUCAUAG